AUGGCUCCCACGAUCCAUCUCGUGCGCCACGCCCAAGGCUACCACAACCUCUGCGUCGAAAACGAAAAACUGCCAGACCCAGACCUCACGCCCCUCGGCAACGAGCAAUGCGCCCAUCUACGCAGCGCAUUCCCUCACCACGACAAGCUCCGCGGCCUGGUCGCCUCGGGCAUGCGCCGCACGCUGUACACCUGCCUCCAGUCCUUUGGCACCGACGAGCUCGGCCCCGUGAUUGCGCUGGACACCCUCCAGGAGUGCUCCGACGCCCCCUCAGAUACCGGGUCGUCAAUUGACAAGCUGGCGGCCGAGUUUGGCGAAAGGGCCGACCUGAGCAGGAUGCGCGAGGGAUGGAACGUCAAGGGGGAGGGAAGCUAUUUCGAGCCCGCGCUCGAUAAGCUGGCGGCGAGAGCGAGAGAGGCGAGGAAAACGCUGAGGGAGAUUGCCACCGGCCUGGGAGACGAUUCGCACAUUGCCGUUGUGUCUCACGGAGCGUUUCUGCACUUCUUGACGGAGGAGUGGCACGGGAUUACCAACACAUAUCCCACAAGCUGGAAGAAUUGCGAGUACCGCACCUUUCAGUUUGUUGAUUCCACGGGCCAGGAUCCCGACGCCGAGAUACGCGAGACAGACGAGAGCUGGCGCCGGCGACAUGGCACCCUGAAGGUUCCCACCGCAGAGGAACAGCGUGAGCUGCGCCAGAUGAUGGAGCGGGAACUCUUGCCCUUUUUCAAGAUGAAGAAUCACAUAUAA